UUCGAAGGCGUUAGUCAAGUGCAUUGUUCAAUGAACACGGAUUACAUCGCAUUAUGUCCGUCCGCUCGUCGUUUUUACGCGGUUAUAUUUGGUGGAGUCGCGCGUGACGAAUUAUGCAACGUUCGGUGCAAAAACGCUCCAUAACAGGGCGGCCAGAUAUUGUGACACCUGACCUACUUAGGGCCCGCGGUCGUUUCUAAAGCAGUGGCAGCUCGGUCAGGCCUGAAAACGCGGAACGCGCAAGAUACUCGUUACGAACGUUUUCCUCGGUAUCAGGGCCGUUGGCUGUGCGUGAAAAUCCGUGAAAAAAAAGGGGAGCCACAACUGCCGCCGCGAGAAUUACGUCUUUCCGUGACAUUUCCUCGGGUGCCACAGUGCCGUGACUAGAGGGCCUCUUCGCCCUGCCACGGGAUCACAUUCACUCUGUUCCUCAGGUUUUAUCCCCUCUCCGUGCUUAUCCUCCACUUUGUCGUACUCCUAGACAUCGUCUACAAGAGCCCGGGCGAUCAGGAACACAAAGAAAAUCCAAAAAUCAUAGCCUCGUCGAGUUUAUGCAGUUUCCCGCUGAUCCCCGGUAAAGCUUUACUCCUGACAUUCUUUUUUAGGUUAUACGUGUCAGCAGUCGCGAUGUAAUUAGCACAGUUUACGUUUUCCCUUUCGUUACGCACGGCCGUAGUCACACGUCGACAGACCAAGUGCCAACAUUUUUACGAGUCAUUAGUUUAUAAUUUGCGAUCAUUAUUGCUAAUCGAAAAAUCGCAUACUCUGAUUUCUAAGUAAUAUUAAAUUGUAUAGCAAAUAGCGCUCAUAAUUUUAUAUCUGUUUAGUCCCAUUAAUGGUACAUAGAGAAAAUGAAAUAUAACUCACGAUAUUCUCGCACCUUUGUCCUUUGAUAAAAAAAAUUUUGAUUAAUCAUUUGAUUCUUAAUAAACAUAUUUCAUGUUUUAACGAUCGUAUCAAAUUCGUGGGAAUUAAAAACGAUUUGGUAGAUGACAUAAAUUAUACAUUUAUUUACAAAUAACUGACAUCUUUCACAGUUUGGUAACUACAUUCAUGUAGUAUCAAAAUGCAACUUCAUUUUUCUUAUUUUGAAAGCUGGUUUUACGAUAAUGAUAGUCAAUAAUAUGAAGAAACGUGUUUGGAUCAUUAAAGUUCCUUAUAUGAAUUUUCCGAUGGCUCUUGGUUGCCUACGCGAGUUGGUCACUUGAGAAUUAUAUAAUAUUACAUUACAUAGCGAUCAGCCGAUUCUUUGGAAAUAACAGCUAAAUGUCAAAUCGAUAUCAGUAACAUCGGGAGUCAAGUCUCACAGUGUCUAUGCAAGAACUGAUGACUUUGCGAAAUAACCAGUGACCAUCGAAAUAUGUUUUGACCAGGUCGACAAAGACAAUGAUCUCCAUCACCUGUCGAUUCACAAUAGCUAGGAAGACCCGGGGACAAUAAUGUUCCCCUUGUAAACCCAAGAGAACGAAAGUCAGGUAGCUGAUAAAGUAAUUUCUAACACAGGACAAAACCGUGCCGCUUAUUAGCAAUUGCAGAACUUUAAUUACCAUAAUCGUCUUGGCAAUUAACAACCCGCCUCGCGAAGUUCCUACAAUAUCGGUUUAAAGUGACUUCCAGAUAGUAAGAUAGACAUUCAUCUAGAUAUUUAAAAAUUAACGGCAGGAAUGAAAAAAUGAAUUAAAAAAGAACUUGGAAAUAGUUUCGAAAAUUCUCCUUAGUUACAAACAUAAUUGAAGAUAGCAGUAAGGAAGGAAUAAUAUAGUAUUAAAAAAAUGGCGUAAUGUCGGUCAGUGGGAUUAUUGGUAUUCUAGGAGCGAAUGGGGUUAUCAGCUGAGACAAAUUAGCGAAAUCCCUGGGAUUCGCGGAGGAGCCACGCGAGUGAGUCGGAACGGAUCGAGUUGAGUUUUCGCGUGCGAGUCAGGUUGCCCUGACCUAACCUAAUCCGAGGAGGGCGACCAAUCCUAAUCGCGGGCCGCGGAGUCUGCUGGCCGGGACAGGCGCCCGCGCAAGCUACGGCCCUGGGUUGGCCUGUCAGAGCGCGACGGUGUGGCGGACGCUCGCUUGACUAGGGAGUGCCCGUCUCGAUGCAAAGUGGGCUAAUAAUCGCAGGGGUUGCGGCGGUGAUGUCGCCGUGAGAGACAGAUGUCCGGCUAGCGGUGGUUUCGACGGUGGGAGCAGCCCGUGGCGCUCGCUAGUAAGCGGCUUGUAGUGUAGGUGUUUCGCGAAGUGCGUUGGGGGACGUGCAGGAGGGACCCCUGUCUGGAAUGCACGAGGGCCGAAUGGCAGCACCGCUCGCCACCGAAGGAGGGGGUCCUCCAUCUCUGGAGACGACGCCGACGACGCCGAACACAGGCAGCACGGGAUCGACGUCGCUCACGGAUUCGGGCAUCCUCGCGGAGAGCAACGGGGCUCCGGUAAACGUCGGGCCCCCUCAGCCACACCAUCACCAGGUACAGCAGCAGCCAGCACAGCCGACUCAGCCAACCCAGACAGCGUCGAGAGGGACCCUGGUUUUGGAUCUGGCUACCAACGAUGCCUCAGGGGGUGGCUGUGGUACCUCUUCAGGGCUCGAUGGCGGGACGUACGCCGGUGGCGGCGGAGGUGGUGGUGGCGGUGGCGGCGGAGGAGGCGGCGGCGGUGGUGGUGGUGGUGGUGGUGGGAGCGGUACCGGUGCUGGAGGCGCAGUGAUCGCUGCCAACAAUGUGGCCCCGGUUGGUGCAGUGUGUCAUCCUGGAUUGGGUCAGGUCGGGGUCGGUGUCGUCACUGGGUCCAUACCAGGUCCCUCGGACUUUCCGGACACCAAGGACGUCAUCGAGGAGUUGUGUCCUGUCUGCGGCGACAAGGUCUCCGGUUAUCAUUACGGACUGCUCACCUGCGAGUCCUGUAAAGGCUUCUUCAAGCGCACCGUCCAAAACAAAAAGGUCUACACGUGCGUCGCCGAGCGAUCGUGUCACAUCGACAAGACGCAGCGCAAGCGCUGUCCCUUCUGCCGGUUCCAGAAGUGCCUCGAGGUCGGCAUGAAGCUUGAGGCCGUACGUGCAGACCGAAUGCGCGGUGGAAGAAACAAGUUCGGGCCAAUGUACAAAAGGGAUCGCGCGAGGAAGCUGCAGCUUCUCAGACAACGGCAAAUGGCUCUUCAAACGAUAAGGGGCAGUCUGGGCGACCCCUCGAACUACCCCUCGGCCGUGACGCCCUUCCUGCACAUCAAGCAGGAGAUUCAGAUACCUCAGGUCUCGAGUCUCACGUCAUCGCCGGACUCGAGUCCAUCCCCUGCAGCCGUGGCAGCGGGUCUGGUCACGACGCAGGCCGGAAGCGGCGGCGGCAGCAGUGCUACCGGCGGAAGCGGCGGCAGUGGCGGCGGCGGCGGCGGGGGCGGCGCUGGUCAACAUCAAUUAAUAGCACCCUCCAAUCAGCCGAACAUCUCCGGCGGUAAUCAUCAUCACAAUCCCAACCCCAGCCUGGACAGCAAACUCUGGGCCGCCAACUCGACCACCCUCAGUCCCAAGGACUUCAACUACGGCGAGCAGUCCCAGCAAGCUCAUGGAAACGCGCCCACGCCCUCCGCCACUACCCUUAAAACUAGUCCGCUGAUAAGAGACUUCGUGCAAACCGUGGACGAUCGCGAGUGGCAGGCCUCGCUUUUUGGACUCUUGCAAAGCCAAACGUACAAUCAGUGUGAAGUGGACUUGUUCGAACUUAUGUGCAAAGUGCUUGACCAGAAUCUCUUCUCGCAGGUCGACUGGGCGAGGAACUCUGUAUUCUUCAAGGAUCUCAAGGUUGAUGACCAAAUGAAGCUUCUACAGCACUCCUGGUCAGAUAUGUUGGUGCUCGAUCAUCUUCAUCAGAGGUUACACAAUAACUUACCGGACGAGACGACACUUCACAAUGGCCAAAAGUUUGAUCUCCUUUGUCUCGGCCUAUUGGGGGUUCCUUCCUUGGCGGAUCUCUUCAACGAUCUGUCCACCAAGCUCCAAGAGCUCAAAUUCGACCUGUCCGAUUACAUCUGCAUGAAAUUUCUAAUGCUGCUCAAUCACGAUGUGCGUGGACUGGUGAACAAGAAGCACGUGCAAGAGGGUCACGAACAGGUUCAACAGGCUCUUCUGGAUUACACGUUAACCUGUUAUCCGUCUAUACCGGACAAGUUCAACAAGCUGCUAGCAGUAUUACCAGAGAUCCAUGCGGUGGCGAGCAGAGGGGAGGAUCAUCUUUACCAGAAGCACUGCAACGGCGGUGCGCCGACGCAGACCUUGCUGAUGGAGAUGCUUCACGCGAAGAGGAAAUGAAAGGACGAAUCGUUUUGGCAGCUUUGUCGUGCAGACGAUCUAACGCUGUAUAUUGAGAGUCCUGGUUGAGACCCUGGCCGUGAUAUAAAUCAGCGGUAACAGCGGUAGCGGCGACUGCAGCAACGGCAGCAAGAGCAGUACGAACUGGAUGAAACGGGAAGAUCCUGAAAGGGAUAGAGGUACCUGCGCGAGGUGGAAGUUAUAUCGUCCUCGUCGUCGCGAUUACUUUAGGUCUUUGUUUCUCGUGAGGAUUGGCCAGUGCUGCUUAGGGGGAUCGGACCAAAAGUUAAAUGGGGUAGGGGCCUCCUGGUUCAAGGAUUACCUUUGCAAACAAAUCAAGUAUAGACGUACAUACUUUACAUAUAUACAUAGUAUAUGUAUUAUAAAGUGUAUCUAAAUAUAUAAACAUAAUGAACAUAUAUUUUCUAUAUUUGAUGUUGAAGUUUUAGAGAUGUAUCCACGGAGAAUUACCCCGGUUGGCGGGUACAAGCGCAGGGAAACAGUAAGCAAGAUGCCUUGAAAACAGUACAAAGGGUGGUUAACAAAAUAUUGGUCAAAGGGCAGGCAACUUUUGUCUAAAUAAGUAAAGCUAUUUUUCUAAUAUUAGAGGCGAUUAUUUUUAAGCAUACCACUGAAGCCUUGCUCUCACCUAAACGAAUAUCCUACUACUAAAGAAAAUCCGACUUCUCCAGCCGUUCGUGCUUUUUCUGCAAGGGAUUCAAUGGGCAUACUCGAGUGACAGUGAAUUUGCAUGUGAUAUAUGUUUGUCGCACGGCCACCUGGGCAUCCUUAGAACUUCCUACAAGAUUAAAAGAAUAAUUAAAGAAAAUUCUGCAUUUUUGUCACACUUGCACACAGCAGGGCUACUAUAUUUGUAAAUACUAGUUAACACAUUCCAAUUACGUUGUAUAGUAUAAAAUCAUGUUAAAUAUGUAAUUACGAAUAUUUUGUGUAUAGUUUAAUGAAAUAAAAUAUAUUUCUGUUGCUUACUGAAAAAGAAAUCACUAGCUACUUAAUGUCUUCACUAAUUUUAGUAUUUUAUUCAUGUACUUUUCUUUUUUUUUUUCUCUUCUCUUUAUUACUUUUCAAAUAGGUGGCGGAAAAAAAAGAAUAACCACAAAUUGCGAAUAUUUUAUUACUGUAUAUUGUAUCAUAAUAAAGAAUUAUGUUUAAGAAAAUAAUAAAAGAAUCAUUGGAGCAAGGUUUAUGUGGUCCUAUACUAUUGUGUAGCGAUUAAUAAUAAAUAUAUAAGAAGAAUAUUGUCUUAUUGCAGUUGUUAAAUAUAAUGAGAAAUAUUUACUAAAUGUUAAGAUUAGCGAUCGAUCAUAGUUAUUUUUCACUACUAGAUUAUUAUUAUUAUUGUUUUAGUCGUUAGUCAGAAAAUUCUUCAGUGCUGUGAAGAUUGGCCGACCCUGGCCAGUCUGUGGUACCUAAGCCAUCGGUUUAUUACACCUGCUAGUAUCCAAAGUCAAAAAAUUUCGAGAUCGAUAGAAAUCCUUGCACCAAUUGCACCCGUUGCCAACUCGCCGUCCAUCCAAGAUAUCUCAUUGGCUCUUUCGCUCCGUACUCUUUGUGCCUCUUCGAGCUCUUUACCUUCCUCAGUUCAUUCCGCACGUCGCAAAAUGAAACUAGGGGAGAAUAAAAUAUGCCGAAUUCAAUUGUUAUUCCUUUCAAUCAGUCCUACUACGAUAAUCAAUCAAAAGAGUCACAAACACUCCGAGUAUAGUUAUAUACUACAUAGGAUACGUCACAAAAUUAUAAUUAUUACAUAUAUAUCAAAAUACCGCGCAAUCAAGUAGCCAGCAACGAUUUCUGUCAUCGCUCACACUUUUUGACUUUUGACAAAAGAAAAACAAAACAGCAACUUUAUCGAUUACGCUAAAAAAACUUGUUCCCAAAUUUUCAAAUCGUCUAGUUCAACGCAUCGUACAAUCAGUUAAUAUUAUAAUAAUAAUAUUAAUAAUAAUAAUACAGUGAUGUUAGCAUUCUUCGCUUUGUCAGGCAAAGAACAGACCGACGUUUUUACACUUUCUCUUUUAUCAAUCGCCUAUCUUCUUCGUCCUUUAUAUAUACAUAUAUAUAUUCUUUUCUCUAUCUCUAACGCUUCCACAUUAUUUUGACACCGACACGAAUCGCACUACCUCCUCGUAACCGUAUUAAGUUUUUAUACUUUUACAUUUUUAGUAACCACAUACCUCAGACUAGACACCCGGAUAGCAAUGCGAUACGAUUUUGAAUCUCGGUACUUUUAUAUAUAUUUAAUAAUUGUUUAUUGUACAUUGAUAAUUUAACGCUGUACAAUAUCAGUGAAUCUGUUGUAACUUUGUUUGAAAUGAUUAUGCAUAGGAUUGUUGCAAAAUACUUUUUUUUUAUAAUUUGGCGCUUUUGAAAUCGCUCUUUGCUGUUUGGGUGGGUAAUGACAGAUUUUAAAGCUAGAAUGCCUUAUUUAUUGUGUAACAAGUUCGCUUUAACUCCGAAUAUACAUGAAACAUUUACUGAA